ACACUCUCAGUAUCUAAAAAAUAAAUUGUUACUUUUAACUUUAAAAAUAGAUAGGUAUCAGCAAUAUCAAUAAAAAUUUCAUACAGUAGCAUAGAAUAAUUAAAGGUUGAUAUACUUAAAAGCUAACAAAUAUUUAUGAAUAGUUAGGAGCAGUUUCUUGAUAGCAUCAAUGAGCUUUUAGAUAAGUAUUUUUAAAGCGAUAACCAAUACUAAGAGCAUGAUUAAAUUUAUAUUGCUUUUCAAGAUUUAGAAUGGGAGGAUAUUUUUGAGUGGGCAAACUAGGAAUUGUUGAAGCUUAAUAGGAUUAAAAAUACUACAAGUUAUUAAGAUCUUAAUCAAAGAGUUUACAUAUUAUUUAAAAAAAUCUAAAAGUAAUUCUAUAGAUUUAAUGAAGAGGAAAAGUAAAGCAUUUAAUAAAUAAUAAUAAUUCAAAGCUUAGAGUUCUUAUUAAAAAAUAAUUAUAAACAAAACAUACAGCUAUGUCUUGAAUUGACUUAAAUUAUUGUAUAAAAGCAUCCUAAGAAUGUCGAAAUUCUUUAUUUAGUAAGCAGUAUAUACUAUAAGGCGAAACAAUAUGAAGAAGCAAUGAAAUAUUUGCUGGAAUGCAAAAGUGAGUGCCAAACUUAAAUAUAAAAGUAAAAUGUAAACUAACUAGAAGCUUAAAUAUAAAAUAAGUAAUCCUAAAUGUAAAAUAAUGAUAGCAAUAAGUAAUAAGAUUCAAUAGCUUAGGAUCUAUUAAAAGAUAGUUGUUAUAUAGAUAUUAAUUGCACAAAUUCUUAAAUAGAUACAGAAAGAGGUUCAGUAAAAUCAAAAAAAAAGAAAACUUAAAACAAUUUUGCUAUUGAUUCUGACGAUUCAAGUUAUCAAGAUACACCUGAAAAAAGAAAAUAAAUAUAAUAAUAGAGUUCUCAAUAAAAAAUUUUAAAAUAUAAUGAUGAAUGGGAAGAAGCUGAAAAAUAUGGAUAUUUUAAAGUAUUUGUAUAUUCUUAUAAUGUGUUAAAAUCGAAACUCGGAACAUGUUAAAAGAGGAAAAGGGAUCCUAAAUAAAUGUUCCCUUCAGCAACACAGCCUACUUAGUCUGGAUUAUCAGCUCAUGAAAUAUCAUAAUAAAAAAUUCAUAAUUAAUCAGAAAUGAAAUCUCCUGAUAAAAUAUAUCGCAAUUCAAGAACCGAUAUUGAGUUAAAUGAUAAUAAAGAUUAUAUAAAACAUUAAGAACCAUGA